CUAUCGUGCGCUGUCCGUAACUAGGCAGCAGGCAGCAGCGGCGCAUUAAUAUCUGGCAACCCACAGCAGCAGCGGAUUGCCUUCUACCAGUGUAAUAUCAACAUUGGAAAGGACGCAGGCAAAAUACAGAGAUGGCAGUGAAUGUAUACUCCACGUCAGUAACCAUCGAGAACCUAAGCCGACAUGACAUGUUGGCAUGGGUGAACGAUUCGAUGCAGCUCACCUACACCAAAAUUGAACAAUUAAGUUCAGGGGCGGCUUAUUGUCAGUUCAUGGACAUGUUGUUCCCGGGGUGUAUUCUUUUGAAGAAAGUGAAAUUUCAAGCAAAACUGGAACAUGAGUAUAUACACAACUUCAAAGUACUCCAGGCAGCUUUUAAGAGGAUGAACGUCGAUAAAAUAAUUCCUGUGGAAAGAUUAGUGAAAGGAAAAUUCCAGGACAACUUUGAAUUUGUCCAGUGGUUCAAAAAAUUCUUUGAUGCCAACUAUGACGGAAAAGAGUAUGAUCCCCUUCAAGCUAGACAGGGCCAAGAUAUGGCACCUCCACCAAAUCCAGGGCCUCAGAGAACAUCGCCAACAGUACCUAAAAACAUGCCCACACCACAGAGGGUGACCACCACCAUAAGGAAGAACCCCUCACAUGCCCGAAACGGGACAAGCGAUGCUGAAAUCAUGGAGCUUAAUCAACAGUUGAUGGAGCUGAAGUUAACUGUGGACGGUCUGGAAAAGGAGAGAGAUUUCUACUUCAGCAAACUUCGAGACAUUGAACUGAUCUGUCAAGAACACGAGCCCGAAAACAACCCCAUUAUGAGCAGGAUAAUUGACAUUCUGUAUGCCACAGAGGAUGGCUUUGCACCGCCAGAAGAUGAUGAAAUAGACGAGCAGGCCCACUUGGACCAGGACGAAUACUGAGCAUCCUCCUUUUCUCUUCCACAUCGUUGUGAUCCUUCACCAUUUCCUCUUCCCACCACUUUGAAUGACCCCCACCCCCUCUCGCACGCUGUUAAUAUCCCCCUUGGUUUCCUACAAAUGUAUAUAUACUCUUAUAUGUUUGUCCUCCGCCGCUGGUUUAUGCACUACAUACGCAUCAACAAACACUCUCCGUCCUCAUCCCAUUCAGACUGUAGCACCAAUAACGACACGUCCUAGCCGUCUCAGCAUGUUUUACAUAUCGACAUAGAGAAUGAAGAAAAUAAAAGGCAUCGUAGAUUGUCGGUAGCACAACGGACUGAAAAGAAAAGUGUAAAUAUUGUGACAUGAAAAGAUGUUUUUAAAGAAAAAAAGAAAAUGAAGAAAAUUGUCGCCUGGAAUGCAGUUACUCAUUGUGAGAUUUUCUUUGAGGUCUGUUUUGGCUCCAUUCAGUAUGAAAUGAUCAACAUCACGCCAUCCAUCUGUGUCUCCAGCUUCAGUCUGCCUCUCUCACUGACUGUAUACUUUUAAAGAGAUGCUUCACUCAGAAAGGACAAUUCUGUUAUCAUUUACUCACUCUCAUGUCAUUUCAUAUAUUUAUGACUUUCUUCCAUGGAAUAAAAAGUUCAAUUCAAUGUAGACUGAAGCUUCCAAGCUUAAAAAAGAACACACGUGUAUCACAAAAGUGGUCCACACGAUUCAUACACUAUAUUCUCUAGCGUCAAAUACACCCGUGACUGGAUAAUUAAGUCAGUGAUCAGGUAGAUUCAUUCAGACUUUUUUCAAACAGAUCUAAUUGAUUCAUUAAAAAGAAUGAUUAAUUCAAGAAUCAAAAUUACACUCUCCAGCAAGGACCGCUAGAGUAGUCGUCAAUAUUUUCUCUGAAUAAUAAUGCUUCAGAAGAUUUGGAGUGGAGCGCACAAUUCAUAUGUACAACUUAAUUUUUUUUUAUGGUGCAUUUGCAUCCUUUUUGAAGCUUGAACAUUUUACUCACCAUUUAUACUUUAAAUAAAUUAUCAUAAAGGGUUGGAACGACAUGAAAGUGAUUAAAAUUACAGAAUUUAAUUUUUAAGUGAACUAUUGCUUAGCAGACACCACCAUCAGGAAGAAUUGCAGUAAUAUCAAACUCAUGCAUCUUUUACAGUAUAUCUGCCAAGAUAUUGAUGUCAAGUUUGUCAGUGACGUGAAUAAAAGCUGAACAGUAGAGAGGACUUUAUGCUUUUAAAUAUGGAUUGGGCCAGUGACAGGGUAAAUAAAAGGAAAAAAAGACAUUAAAAUGUGUCAACAAGGCUUUAAAAUGUGUGUGACAACAUCAUUUAUGGCACAGGUUGUUUUGCUUAUGCCCAGGGAGCAUGUGAAUGUUAUACAUUGACACCUGAGUGAUUGUCAUAUUCCAAGAGUAUGGAAAGUUGUAUUACCGUCAUAUUCAAGUAGUGUUCAUGACACCCUUGAGCAUGAGGGACAGUACUUAUUGUUACUGUGUGUGUGUUCAUUUUAUUUUAGUGGCAAUCAAACCUGUGAUACUACUGAUCGGAUGAUGUCAUGUCGAAUUGAACUGACGUUUGCUGCUAGUGUUGCUGCAUUUAUGUGUUUUGGUUUGUAUUUAUUUUGCUCAGCUAUUGAAUAGCGUAGGGCUGUGCAUUCUUAACUGUAAAACAUAGCGGAUUUGUAAAAGGCCCUGAUUAAAUUAAACAGAUAUGCUAGAUUCCACAGUCAUUUGAAUCUGCUUCUCUCUGUUUAGAGAACCGGACUCAUCUUGUAUUGUCUCAGUAUAGCCAUAAUUGUGUUUGCAUAAAUUGUUUUGAGUAAAUUAAACUUUCAUGAGAACA